AUGGAUCCGCCGCCGAGCCCGUAUAAGUUCCCGCCGAGGGAGGGUCAACCACUACAAACAUUGCCAGCAGAACGCGUCAACGGCACGAGAGCACCUACCAUUUCUACCUCCACGACAAGCACCUCGCACAAGUCUGCGUACUCAGAUAUGGAGCCUCGAGAAUACUUCGCGACGCCGAAUGGAUCUCCCGUCCGAAGAGCCAAAGUCGUCGAGGCCUCAACCCCCACCGGCAAGAAUGCGGGCUUCGCGCUCCCGCAGUCACCUUCCCUUCCCGAGAUGCAUGGCUUGAAGUCGCAUGUUAGGACCAACAGCGACGUGCAGGGCCUUGUUAAGCGCUUCGAGCACCUGGACGUACGCGAUAAGGACGCCGAGAACGUGGAGCGAAGACAUCGGCAUGAGGCAGAGUUGAGACGAGCGCAGAUUGCGCGGGAAGAAGCUGAGAGCGAUGUCAAGAGGCUGCGCGAGGAGGUGAGGCGGAUAAAGAAAGAGGGUGAAGAGAGCAGGGAGCGGGAGCGGAAAGUGGCUAAGAGACUGGAAGUCGUGAUGGAAGAGUUUGGAGCCUCUAGGGAAGCCCACGAUUCACAGCACGGCAUCUACGAGAAAGAGCUGCGCAAAGCACGCAAAGAAGCUUUUAAGUCUUCGUCGGCGGUGCUCAAGCUUCAGGAAGAGCUGAAGUCCACACGCAAUACUUUGCGUGUUGCACAGUCUGGUCUAGAUCUCGAAAAGCAGAAGUUGCAGCAGAAGGAGCAAGCACGCUUCGAGAUGGAGUACAGGCUUAUUCCGAUGCAAGAGGAAGUUGAGAAGCUGAAGCAGAAGCUACGAGUCGUGGAGGAAGAACGAGAAGCUCUCAAGACAAGCUUGAAGGAGGAAGAGGUCGCGAGGGUCGCCGCAGAGGGCAUGAUCGCACUGCCGGCCUCACAGGACAUCGACCUGGACCUUGCCAGCUCGCCCCGCAAGCCACUGUCGCCACUCAAGAACAUUGUGCUCAACGAUGCAGACGAGGACAAGGAGAACAUGCAUUCGCCGUCCAAAAAGGCAGUGGAGAGCAAGCGCUUGGGCGAGGAGCUUCUGAUGGAAAGGAAGCGAAGAGCACAUGCAGAAGACUUGAUCGACUUUAUGCGCGCCGAGUGCAUGUUCCAGUGUUGCGGUUGUAAGACUGCUGCGCGACUUGGCCAUCAGUUUACGCUUGAGCUCGAUGCGGAGCUGGCAGCUGGUGUUGAGAGGAUCAGGGCUGGUAUGGAAGGCAUUCUGAAUAUUCAAGAAGAACCUUGUGUUGAAGACGGAGCGGAUGCGGAGAUGUCGCUGGAGCCAGCCACCAAGACAAUGGCGCAGGAGAGUCCUGAGUUCGGUUCAGAGGACAUGGAGAUAGAGCUGGAGAUGACACCUGAUGGUGCCGAGGAGAGCGCUGAGCUUCGUCGCGAGAACGUCCCAGCUGCGGUCGACGCUGAAGCUAGAGAAGAGAGCGACGACCGCAGCAUGACGAUGACCGCCGAAUCUCCCAGACAGACUCAGGCGCCGAACGAUCAGCUUCUGGCAGAAGACGUGGAUGCUUUCAAGUCAUCCGUCGAAAUAGCUGACUACGAAUCACGCCCGGAAUGCAUCGACUUCGCGUUCGAGGACCCAGAGCCUUCCGAGCCGCAAACACCACCUCGCAACGAGCGGCUCCAACUCACGCCUGCCCGCCACCAACCAUCAAUCCGCACCGUAACAACCACCACAACCGUUCCUAUGCACUUCACGCCUGUCGCCACCAAGCAUCUCCCGCCAGUCUUCGACCCUGAAGAUACCGAAAACGUCCCGCCCACGCCAAAGUCUGCGGUCCUACCGGAUGGCUCCGAGGUCCCGGUCUUCGACAGAGCGGCUGCUUUGGCUGCAAUCCAGUACCGUCGUGGUCGUGCGAAGAGUAUUGCGGAGGGUCAUGCGACGCCGAGGAAGCAGAUGAUGGAGGGUGUGAAGGAGAGGAGGGAUAUUUCGGCGCCGGCUUUGGGUCAAGCAGCGCCUGUGGUCGUGAGUGCUGGGAAGCGGUCAAGAAGUGUGAGAGGGCGGUAG